AAAUAUCCUCUCUACAAGCUGCAAUAUCAUGACAGUUUGGUCAGCUCGAAACUUGCCAUCGGUCAAAUUAGCGCCUGAAUUAGGGCUGAACCAGAUGUACCAGAAUAAUGGAAGAUAGCAUACAGUAGAACCAGUAAAAAGCAAGUCUUCAAAGCUGUCGUCAAAGGUUGAAUUGCCGCAUUCGUUAAACUUGCUCCCAGUAUCAUUGUUAUGAACAUAAAUAUAGAUUUUAAAUUCCCAACUCAUGGUCCUUGGCAACUGUGGCGCAGGGGGGAUUGUAAGCCCUGCAUGACAAGGGCAAGCCCUGCAGCCAAGCAGGCGUAGCUCAUAAAGGUCGUGAUACCGGCACAGUAGCGACAGCAUAACCAUGGCGCCGCCGCAGCCCGGCCCUUCAUCAACCGCGCCCAUCAACUCUAAAGUCGCAGCGGCCAUCUCGGGACUGUUCAAUCGAAGCGAGGGAGCAGACUGCCAGCUCGUGUUCGUGCUAGAUCCGUCGCAGCCGACCGGGAAGUCCGGCAAUGGCGCUGUCACUCAAGGCGCGGGCACGCAAAGCAAAGCGGCCCAGAAGACGCUCGGCGAGCCCCUGCCGGCGCACUCGUUCGUGCUACGGUACGCCUCCGACAAGAUCGCAGCGCAGCUAAAAUGGCUGGAGACGGAAGGCGCCAACGCCACCGUGGCCGCCACCCGCGCCCCGCCUAGCAAGAAGGCGCGGAUAUCAAGGGCAGCGGCUUCAGCAGCCACCGCAGCUGCUGCUUUGACGCCGCCAGAGAAGCAGCUUCCGGAGGUGCAGCUCAUGCUAGGCGGGGAGGAGGAGCUGCCGGCGGCGCGUGCAGCCAUCAAGUUUGCCUACACGGGCCAUGUGGAGGCGGGCGGCGGCAUCCACGAGCUGCUGAUGCUGCGGCAGCAGGCGGCGUACCUGCAGAUGGAGGGCUGCGUGGAGGCGUGCGCUGAGGCAUUGAAGCAGCAGCUGGCGGAAAGCGGUGGAGCGGCGGCGGCAGGCGCCAGCACCAGUGCAGGCAGCGGCAACGCCGCUGCAAGCAGAGCAGGCGCAGCGGCACCCGCCGUUCCGGUGCUUGAGCUGUACAGCUGCACACAGCUCUGGCCGGACCCCGCAGGGGAUGCCGCCUUUGCGGCAAUGCUGACGCAUGCAAAGCGGCGGCUGGUGGCGCACUUUCGCGACGCGCUUGCCGUUUUGAACAACAAGGAGCGGUUUGAGCAGAUGCUGGAGCUGCCGGCUGAGGGCCUCGAGGCUCUGCUGCAGUCGGACGACUUCGGCACCGACAACGAGAGCAGCGUGGUGCUAAUGCUGGCGGAGUGGAUGGCUGUCAACUACGCCGCCAGCACGAAUUGGGCGCUGCGGCAGCGGCUGUGCGGGCUGCUGCGGCUGGCGCAAUGCAGCCGCGCCUACCUGAGCUGUGUGCUGCCCGUGCUGGCCGCGCGCCACCAGCACAGCCCUACCAACGCGGCUGGUUGGUUUCCCAUCACGCCGGCUGCGGCCACGUGCCUGCUCACCUACAGCCUGGUGCCGGAACCGGAACGCCAGGGCAUGAUCGGCGCGGGCAUGCAAUGGGGCCCAUGCGGUGGCUUGAGGUGUAUUCCGCCCGGCUGGCUCAGCACGCAGACCCGGCGCCAGUGCCUGCCUGCCGAGGGCCGCACAUUCAAGUUCAUCGUGGGCUUGCCGGAGCUCGAGCAGAGCUUUGCUGGCCUGACGGCUGGACAGCCAGGCGCUGCGGGCAGCUGCAUAGCCGACAGUCCACCGGCCAACCGCAUUGCAGCACAGGGCCUUGAGUGGAAACCUGCCGUGGAAUGGGUUGGAGGCGACACAGCAGCGGGGCUCUUUAUCGGGGUGAGGCUUCCAGUGGCCCUACGCGCAGCAGUCUGCGAUGACUCCACGGCAGCCGCAGGCGUGGUAGCCAUGGCGGAAGAGCUGAUGUACAAGGCCAUAGUCGCCUACCCUCCGGCACGCUGGUCUGUGUGCCGAGCUUGCGGGGAAGUGGCGUGGUCGGGUGCCCUUCCUGACAAGUCAUUCGUGCCCAUGGGUGAAUCUUUCGGCUGGCCCGACGUCUUCGAGCUUGAUUCGGAGGCGGCGGCUGGAAAGGGUGCGCGUGGCGGCGGCCCCAGGAGUAAAGGCAACUUCAGUGCAGUUGCGGCGCGUUGGGCUGGCUACCUGCAGGGCGGCAAGCAUCUGGAGGGCCGUGUCACGCUGCUGCCGCCGCCGUCCAAGUGAGCCCGGCUGACUGGAGGUGCAUCCGCAUUGUUGUGUUUGACUGCGCAAGGAUGCACGGCAUGCGCACGGGUGCUCGUUGCAUCCGCCUGCGCCGGGGCGUUGUUAUUGUUGGUUUGGUGCAGGCGAAGGCGAGAAACGCGUUUGGCUGGUGCUGGAGGCUGGGUCAUGGGCGAUGGUCACACUGAAAAACGGUGGAAGGCCUGACCUGGUGUUGGCAGCGACAGGCGUUGUGUUGCUGACUUGAUGUGCAUAACGUCAUGUUGGCCAGGGGUCGCAGGGAACCUAGUUGUGAGUUGAAGUGAACCUGCCAGAUGCAAUGGGAUAUAGUGGAGGGGCUGGGUGGCUAAGCCGCGAAUUGUAGGGCGCAUCCCCAGACCCGGACAGCAGCGUUCACCAAUUAAGGUGCAGCGGCGAUGCAAGGCGUGAGCACGCGGCUGGUCUAACGCCGGAGUCUUGGCAGGUGCAACUGCAGACGCAUCAUGGCCUGGCAGUCGUGGCAUGCGUUGUGUUGUUUAAUCUUUCACGCUGCAUAUUGAGGAUUGAAUCCCUGUGUGGUGACGGCAUCAGCAAGUAAGUAGUUGGCACCACCCGUGUCAUUAUGGACGUGUCCGGACGGAUGUAUAUACGCUAGCUUAGCCACUACGGAGCGUAGCGGAGUAGGGGCCGAGCGGGGUUUAGCAUGGAGGCCGUACUAGACGGCCGGAGCUGUUAGCGCUUGCCGCUCUCCUAGCUCGGCAUUCUGCCUCUCUAGUAGAGCAGCUCACACCGCUCGCUGCGGUAUUUCUUUUGUCCAAGCCUUUGAGAGUAUUUCCUACUGCCCGCCCGCGAGCCCUUUCGGCUCGCCCCCGCCCCAGGUGUCCCGAGUGGAGCCGCGGCGCGUCCUGGCCGUCUGGUUGUGGCAGCGCCGUCGCCUGGCGCCGCCCUCGCCUGGUCGCUCUGCUGGAGCUCGGCGGUGGAGCCGGCGUUUUGUCGGUGGUGUUGUGGUCGUAGGCGUUGUCGUGAGGCCGGCGUUGAGGGUGGCUGGGCGGGCCCGCGAGGGCCCUAGGCGCCCGCUGCCACGCCGUUAGACGGGUUUCUGGGGUUUUUUGGUUCGCGCUCCAGGCUGCCCCGGGUUUUUUUUAGGGCUUCGCCAGGGUUCCGGCUUUUUUACCGGGGCGUCAGCCUGGAGCGCGCGUUGUUGCCGGGACCCUGGCCGAGGCCACGGGUGUUAGCUGUUGGUGUGUUCGCUGGUCGCGCUUCGGUUGCGCGUAGUUCUGCUUUCGGCGCCGUUGUUCCGCGCCUUGGUGGCCUCGUGGGUUGCUGUUUGCUGCCGCUGUCGUGCUGGUGGCCGCGCUGCGCUCGCGCGCGCCGGUCUCGCUCGUCUGUUUUGUGGUUGUGUCGCGGUGGCGUGGCGUUGUGUCGCCUCUUGGGGAGGGCGCUCGGGCGUGCCCCCUCGCUCGCUUGCGCGGGUGUGAGCCGUUCUGCAGUGUAAGUGCCAUUAGUGCAGUGUAAGUGCCAUUAGUCAGGCUGCUCCCUACCGCCGCUCCGGCUCAGCUCAGCUCUCUAUUAUUACAGCGUAGGCCGUCUGGCCGAUGGCUAAACCGCACGCAGUGGAGUGUGCAGGCUUUGACGCUACCGCGCGAAGCUUGACGAGUGUUGCGGAACUAAUGCGUACGUAGACCGGAGCGGAAGGCGGAGUGGGCUUGCAGGCGGCACGAGAGUAGGCAGUCAGUAGCGCAAGUUGCGAAUUCACAUGUUACCUCGUAACCGACGGUAAACGCUGCGGACGGUCGCGCCCAUGGCUGGCUGACGGAAGGUGGCUGCUGUAUUGGGAUGGCUGGGCUGGACGACGCCGGCCGGGCCGGGCGUUGGGACUACCAGAAAGGAUGCGCCCGAAACCAACCUGGAGAACACCAGCGCCACCGGUGCCCAGCACGACAUGUAAGGGAGGGAGGGAGGGAGGGACAGGAGGCGUGAUGCACUGCAGCGUAGAAGCUAUGGCGCUAGGCGCGAGGCAAGCAACGUCAACCCCAAAGCAACCGCGAGGACAUGGUGCGCAAGCCGGGCUGCAGGCUGUGGCUGUUAUGGCUGUGCGCUGCGCGGGGUGACUAAACGAAGGACACUAAGCUUGUAUACAGGGAAUUGGUUCGGUUUCGGGCAUGCUGAGUCACUGGAUUCCGGAUGUUGACGUUUAAUGACGC